AUGUAGUAUGUAUAACACUCUGACAUAUCACAUCGUAUUCCAGAGUCGUCUGAAACCCAUUGGCAGUCGAAGUAUAAAACGGGAGACGCCAAGAACUCUCGCACCUGUACAAUAGGCUCCUCGGAUCCCUUCUUGCGAGCGUCUUCGAAACAAUGUCAACACUCCCAAAGUAAACGGUCGUCUGCUCUGUAAAAUGACCAGACCUGCUCUUGCAUGCAACUGUCUAAAGAAAUAGAGAACUUGAAGAAACUCCGCACGCACCGACGUAAUGCGCUUAACAAGAAACAUAGUGAAUGGUUUUCGAUAUCAGGUGGCAGUGAACAUAGAGGGUCAGCGCGUGUUGGCAGAGGUAGUGAAAUGGAUGUACAAGGGAGAGAAUCAAAGUGUUAAAGAAUAUUCCCAAAGUCUUUGUAUUUCUAAUAGCAAAUACAAAAAUAUUUUUAAUGUUGGACAGCGGAAGAUUCUAGAUACUGAGGUUAGUUCUGUAUUGGACAUGGACACUGCCUUUAGGCAAUAUGACAUCUCUCUUCUCUAUGUCAUUCUUCAGAACUUUUGUGGGUUGGAAAAGCCUAACUCCCCAGUCUGGACCUCACCAGCAUCGGAGGAGAGUCUGGAACACCUCAUCUACAUCCUGAAAGAGGGACGGAAUAACAAUGCACACAAGAAUCAUCUCCAGCAAAUGUCAGACACGAAGCUAGAAAAGGAGCUAAAGUGGCUGAAACAUUUGCUGUGGAAGAUUCUUUCAACGGCCUGCAAUGUUACAGGGAAGCAUCAUCGCCAUGUACAUAAAAUGAAGCAGACAGUCAAUGAAAACUUUAGACAACUGCUAAUGAAAGUUCGAGAGCCUUUAGAUCCUACCGAUUUGGCCUUAUUACCGCAACUCCAAGACGAAAUUAGAGUUUUCCAUGAAAUCAUCCGAGAGCGAGUAAAAAAGGACAGUCGCCAGGAGUUGCAAGACCUUUACCCUCGUCUGUGGGAUAUGACUCUUGCUCCUUGGCUGCUCCCUGAUUUGAAAAUGCGUCCAAUUUUAAGUUUUACCAAUUUAAUCAUCAAAGAGGACAUGAUGUGGUUCCUGACUUCUCAAGAACCUCAAACUAUAUCCCACAAGGAACUCCUGCAAGUAAAGCGUAAAGAUGAUCACUUGCCGGAAGUGUUAAUCAUUUCAGGUCCAGGAGGCAUGGGGAAAACCAGCCUCUUCAAAUUCAUGAUCCAAAGCUGGGUAGAAGAUUCUUCACAAAUCACAGGGCUUGAAAACGUUUCACAUCUGAUAUACUUCCCACUUCGAGGCUCUAACAUCUGUUGCUUGAGGGACUUACUGAAGAAUUUGCUUCCAAAGACAUUUCGGGAAUCAGGAGUCAAGAUAGAAUACUUUGAGGAACUCUUUGCAACAUUUCCUGCGGUUUUCCUUCUGGACGGUUAUGAUGAGGUGAAUGAAGAGGCAAUAAAACUCAUUGUUGAUCUUCUGAACAUCAAUAUGAAUAUGCGCAUUAUCAUAACUACAAGACCAGGAUAUUUGAAGGAACUAACUCAGAUUAUGCAGAAUAAGAAAAGUGUACUGAAUGUUGAGAUGAAAGGUAUCAGCAGGGAAGAUUGUGAUUUAUAUGUUGAAAAUGCAUUAUCUGAAGUUGUUGACGAUCCAUAUUGUAGAGGCCGGAUGAAAAAUAACAUUCUCACCAAUCUUGACAACUUUAAUCUGGAAAAGAGUGUACUGAAUGUCCCAUUAACUAUGAAACUGCUAAUUGUACGUGAGAUCCUGACUCCUGACCAGAGUUCGACAGACAUCUAUGAGGACUUAACUAAGCUCAUGAUGGGUAAGACAGAGGAGAGACUGAUAAUAAAAGGCACCACCGACGUUGAAGAUAAAAUCAAAGAAUAUCAUAAGUUUCAAAAGAAGGUCGCUCUCCGUGGUCUGAAAAGAUGUGAACAUGACCUGUGGCCAGAAACAGUUGAAGAACUGAAAGGAAAAUGCGAAAGUCUGAAUCUUCCUUAUAAGGAAAUGUUAGCUGGAUUUCUCACCUCAAAGAGAUCCCGAAAAGGGUUGUCGAUCGUUCAGACUUGGUCUUUCCCACACAAUAGGUUCCAAGAACACUGGGCAGCUGAUUAUAUAGCUACAAAGUUCUUGGCUGUCACUAAUACGCUGUUACUUGAUGAAAAUGAAAUUUCAUCAAUUGAGGAAAUUGCAGAACUUAAUCCAACCAAAAAUCCUCUUUUGGAAAUAUACUUCAGUGGAGCCGAAGAGGUGAGGCAACUGCUUAGCAAAGAAGGAAAUAAGCAGAGAAAUUUGCUGAUCGACAUUUCCUGUAAAGCUCUCCGUCUUUUACCCUCAGCAAAGAAAUCACUCCUGAAGAAAUUCUCAGUUUCAGUCAUCUCUCUUCUCUUGCACAGCGAAGGCCUUCCUGCAUCAGAAACAAAAUGUGACAGAAUAUGCCAGUUCCUACGAGCAUCGGGUAACUUGCCAAUUGUGAUAGAGAUCUGCGGCCAAAUCCUCCAAGGUUACGACGUGUGGGAAGUCCACUGGAGGUUCUUGGAGGAAGUAGUGGCUCUCAAGGACUUCCGCGAGUCCCGCCGUGUCCUUGUCAGAAUGGAGGAAGAUCUUGAGGAGGCAUUUUCUUACCAGCUGGAAUCUUACUUGAGGGAGUUUGUCCAAGGAAACGUCGAGAUUGUGAAAGGUGACUUCUAUGGCGUAUUGACUUGAUCACCAAUAUUCGAUGUGGUGUUUUUUCGAUUUGAAUAAUUUGAAUUUGAAAAGUUGAUAAUAAUGUGUGAUUUAUACCAAUAAAGAAUAAAGAGAUAUGUGAGA